AUGGCUCCACAAAGGCCACCAGUUCCACAAUUCCACGCGAUGCAAGCACAGAGGGUAUUCUCGACCCCUCAGCUGAAUAGAGUAGAAGCUUCUCCACAGGCCAAUGCUCACUUAAUGACAUACACUAAGGAGGAAGCGGAGGCAGGCACGUCCAACGUAGUGACAGGUCAGCUUACUGUUGCCCAUGUCCCUGCACGAGCAUUAUUUGAUUCAGGGGCCACACAUACAUUUGCAUCAGUAGAAUUUGUUAAACGAAUACUACAUCCUCAAGAGAGGAUACGGCAAGCCUUUAAGAUAGCACUACCAUCAGGUGAUGUGUUGUUGUCUAGUCAUUGGUUACGUCACGUACCAGUAGAGAUAGCAGGAAGAGAACUAAGUGCGGACCUAGUUGUACUGAACUUAGUAGAUUAUGAUGUGAUCCUAGGAAUGGAUUUUCUAGGAAAGUAA